CGCCCAGGGGAGGUGGGCCCAGGGCUGACGGGCAGUUUUGGGGGUUCUCUGACCAGGGCAGCUGGGAAAAUCUGAGAACAGGAGCCCGGCCUCAGUACCCCGUGUGAGGGAAGAGGUGGGGACCCUGUCCUUCCUGGCCCUCCGAGCCCGGUUCCAGAGCAAGGCUACGGCGGGACCCCCGGGAGAGACCACCGGACACAGCCACCUGGAUCCCGACCCUGCCCGGAUGCCCAGAGAAGUGGGGGGCCCACCCAGAGCGUGGGCCCGGUCCCAGGGCAAAAUGGACCUGAGCCCCAGGGUGAUGACCACGGUGGUCGGGAGCAGCCCCGAGCGACGCACUUUCAGCGAGACGCUGCGCAUAUGGGAGGAGGCUGCGGCAGCGGCAGAGACCACCCGCCCACCCCCACUCCUGACCAGGCUGGCCAGGGGGGGCAUCUCCCCUUGGAGACUGACGGGGCCAGGGGCCGGGACCACCCCUACCACCCAACCUGCGGGGCUCACAUCGGUGGGGGCUGAGACCCCCAGGAUUCCCCGGCCAGAGGGACCCCACAAGCCAAGAGAGAUGUCCAGCGGGUCUCAGGGCCGUGCGGCGGUUGGAAGCCUCCGGCCACCCAGACGGCGCCCCCUCCCUGCCCUGGAGACCCUGGGCCCACCGCCCUCCAAGCCCCUCCGCCCUCUGGAAGUGACGCUCCACGGAUUCCAGCACUCGGCGCUGACCCCGCCUUUAGCCCCCCGAACACGAUCUCUCGGUCUGAGGUGGAGACCUGGUUGUCUGCCCAACACCUCGGCCGCUUCUGCGGUUGCCCCCACCCCCGCCCCCGCCAAGGAAGACUGGAGCCCCAGUGACUCCACGUAUGAGAAUCCCGAGCAACUUGACUACCAGCUCCGGACAGCUUCGAACCCGCAGCCGGCAGGGGCUGCCCCGGACCCAAGGGUGGGCGGGGGCUUUGUGAACCCCAUCAAUGGACACAGACAAAGUCCAGCAUCCGGCGCCAGGGACGACGACAUGUACGAUGAUGUCGAGUGCCUGAUGUGGGAGAGGCCGCAGUUGACUCCAUUCCCCUCGCUCUCUUCCGGAGGCGUUGCAGGAGGCAGCGAUGAAAAGGAUGAGGGUGUCGGUGGAGAAGAGAGUUGUCCGCAGAUCACAGACCGGGACGGUGGCAAGACCCCAAGGGGGUUGGGGAGAUUUUUCAGGAAAGAUAAGGAGAAAUUCAAGAUGAAGAAAGUCAAGUCCAAGAUGACCCUGAGCAUGCUAUCCGCCUCCCUGCCCAAUCUAAACUUUAGGUCUCAGGAGGCCACGGCCUACGAUGACGUGGAUGAAGGUGAUCCCCGAGACUUGAGGGAACAAGAGGAGAAACUGAAAACGAAGAAGUGGAAAUUCCAGGGGGCCAGAGAGACUAAGGAGAAGCAGAAAGCCAGAGGGCCAGAAAGAAACUUCUUCCGAAUGACAAAGCAGGACCCGCAAAAGAGCAAAGUGGCAAUCAAAGAAGAAAAGAUUUUUCGGGAGCGAUUUGAGUACGACAAGGAGAUUUUGGUCAUCAACACGGCCGUCGCCUGCGCCAGCAGCUGCCCACCGGACGCCCUGCACCUAAAGGUGGAGCCGGGCGAGAGGCUGGACGUCAUCGACGUCACCGAGAGCGACAGCGUCAUCUGCCGGAACGCGGCCGGAAAAUAUGGUUAUGUGCUCAUCAUGCAUCUGGAUUUUAAGGUUUGGCAGCCGGUAAGUAAGUCCUCGUUAUCAUUGCACCUACGCCCAGGGCUCCAUGCCUGGCUCUGAACUCACCCCCGACCAUCACGACCGCCAGCUGUUGCUGACUGCGGGGCGAGAGCCUGCCGGGACUCUGGCGCCGGACGCAGGAUCCCGUGAGCCAGGUCGGCGAUGGACGGAACUUGAGCGAGGUUGCAAUCUGCCUGCUGUUCGGGUCAUUUUGGGGUCACUGAGUCCGAGUGAACCGGUGAAAAGGACCGUAUUUAUCCACGCUGACUCUGGUCACCAGACCGGACCCCAUUUCCAUCCUCCAGCGUUCCCAGGCUCCGAGGGAGGGGAGCAGGAGCUUAUCCACACUGGACAGAGGACACUGAGGCCCAGAGAGCCUGAGUGCCUUUCCCAAGGUCACCCAGCCGCCGGGCACAGCUGGGUCCAGUACCUGGGUUUCCAGAUGCCUGCAGCCAGCCCAGGAGGUCUUGCUGCCUCUGGUCAUGGUCGGUGACCAAGAGAUAGGCCUGGGAGAUGGGUGGGAAUGGGCGGGCUGGUGGGGGGGAUUCAGAAGACGCUCCUUCCGUCCCCGGUCAUCGUCGGCCCACUGCUGGGUGUUGGUUUUGUGUAUUAGGCCCGAAAGGGCCUAUCCACCCCUCUGGGCCUCUGGAGCCAGGACUCACCGGCCCCUUCCUGUCCUCCCGUGGCCUCCCCUUCCAUCCUGGCCAGCGGGGACGGGCCUCACUUGGAAACCUCCGUUUCCAGGGACAGGACUCCACGCGCUCCCUUCACCGAGUUCUCCGGGGGUCACACGGGCCAUCCAGGUCCCAGCCCAGGGUGGCCAAGCACGCGCAGGCGAGCGCAGGGCGUAUGCAGCUGAAUACAGCACGUGCCCAGACAAGCACGCACAGGCGAGGAUGUACAGGAAUAAAGAGUUGAAACCAGCAA